AUGCCGAAUCUAUCCGCUGCUGGCCAAAGCUUACCAAACUCGCCAUUUCACCCUGUCGAUCAGCCUGUGUCGUGGAAUACAGUACCUGAGCUCGAUCUUAACGUCGUUCCUUCACGACAUUUCUCAGACACGUCCGGCGACGAAAGUGAUGGCGACCAAACGACCGAUUCACUUGAGACUAGGUUCGGUAACACUAGCUGGGAGACGUCGACAGCUCCAACCCCACUUCCAUCGACAUCAGCACCACUAUCAUACUCGCUUGAUACAUCACAUUGGGGUAUUGCGUACAACAAUUCCCCCAUGCUCGCGUCGCAAGGACCGCCAAACACGCAGCCCUCAUUUACAGGAAAGCAGCGCGAAACGGCGCCGACUUCUGAUCCUGUUUUUCCAAGCAGCAUGUUUCCUUACUCAGCCCCCUCAUCCCUUACGCCAACGUCCGCGCCCGAGUCUAUGGAUGUGGCCAGCACCAAAUUGGAACCGCCUCCCAUCCGUCUCGAUAUGCCUCCCAUUGGUACUAGUGAUCAUCUUGCUCCCCGCCGAAAAACACCUCUGAGCUUUCACAGCUAUGUACAUCGAAUCUGA